GCCCACUCGAAAGUGGGUGAAAGGUCGGCGGAGCCGGAGCUGCGACUGGGGCUGUGCAGCGAGGCGGCAGGGAACGUCCUGGCGGACAGACGGACCAUGACGGACCAGGCGAAGCCCAUCAGUCCGCUGAAGAACCUGCUGGCCGGCGGCUUCGGAGGCAUGUGCCUGGUGUUUGUGGGGCACCCGCUGGACACGGUCAAGGUCCGACUGCAGACGCAGCCCCCGAGUUUGCCUGGACAGCCUCCCAUGUAUUCUGGGACCUUUGACUGUUUCCGGAAGACUCUUAUGAGAGAGGGCGUCAGGGGGCUGUAUCGAGGCAUGGCCGCCCCCAUCAUCGGGGUCACCCCCAUGUUCGCCGUGUGCUUCUUUGGGUUUGGUUUGGGGAAGAAACUGCAACAGAAACACCCAGAAGACGUGCUCAGCUACCCCCAGCUGUUUGCAGCUGGGAUGCUAUCUGGUGUAUUCACCACGGGAAUCAUGACCCCUGGAGAACGGAUCAAGUGCUUGUUACAGAUUCAGGCUUCUUCCGGGGAAACCAAGUACACCGGUGCCCUGGACUGUGCGAAGAAGGUGUACCAGGAGUCCGGGAUCCGAGGCAUCUACAAGGGGACUGUGCUCACCCUCAUGCGAGACGUUCCAGCCAGCGGGAUGUAUUUCAUGACGUAUGAAUGGCUGAAGAACAUCUUAACUCCAGAGGGAAAGAGCGUCAGCGAGCUCAGUGUGCCUCGGAUCCUGGCGGCUGGGGGCGUCGCCGGGAUCUUCAACUGGGUGGUGGCAAUCCCCCCGGACGUGCUGAAGUCCCGCUUCCAGACUGCUCCUCCUGGAAAAUACCCCAAUGGCUUCCGAGAUGUGCUGAGGGAGCUGGUCCGGAACGAAGGAGUCGCGUCCUUGUACAAAGGGUUCACGGCAGUGAUGAUCCGCGCCUUCCCGGCCAACGCGGCCUGUUUCCUCGGCUUUGAAGUUGCCAUGAAGUUCCUUAACUGGAUCACCCCCAACUUGUGAGGCCGAAGGCUGCUCGAGGCUCCCGGGUGCUGGGAACUUCCCGAAGAGGAGCGGUGGGCAGGACUGGGCCGUCCUGGGGGGGGGGGGGUGUCAGAGCUCUGUGCAUGGACUCGCUGAGACCGCGUGCCUUAAUGACACCCUCCGCCUGCUGUAAUGUGGUGUGCCGCUUUGAAACUUGAAUUCACUCUUGUCAGUUUAAGGGAUCUCAGGAGGGUUUGAGGCGGGGUCAGUAGCUUCUAGACCAGAUACCACCUGUGGCCAGAGUACUGUCCAUGGGUGGGUUGACGGCUGGCCCUCCUGUACCCCAAAUACUAGUCUCAAAAGGGGAAAUCUCAGCCUUUCACUGGAGGUACUAUGCAUGUUUACAGCCAGCUGCCCAGGAGCUGGUCUUCUUUGAUCCCCAGCCAGGAACAGCCACCAGAUGUCAGAGUGUCAUCCCAUCUGCCAUGCACAGGGGUGUGGACUUGAGACCCACGUCUGUCCGUUGAGUGGCAUGAGCACGUGUGUAGGGCAGGUCGCCGGCCGACGGUGGGCCGUUUGUUUUUCAGGCAUGCUAGUAACCAAAGUGGAAUGGGGUCUACUUCCUCAGGUAGAGCGCUUUCCCUCCUACAGGGUGAGGCGUGUGGGGGUGACGGUCCCAGCCUGCUGGGAUGAGAGAGCCCACAGUGUAGGAAGGCUCUCCUCCCACUCUUUUCCCAUGAGAGCCCCCUAUUUUAACGAAACAAUAAAAGAUUGUUUUUCA